UCACUUUUCAACCCAACUCAUUAUUUUCUCAUAACCAAGAAACUCACAAGUAAAGAGAGAUAAACAAACAUGGCAGAUGAUGAUUCUUGGGUCGCUGAAGUUAUAAAACAGCUGGAUAUAAAAAAAGGAAGUUUGCAGCGAUUGUGGAAAGAAGAACAGUUGUACCUCAAAGAAGUCGCCGAAGCCCAAGCCCAAUUGGACAAAUUGAAACAAGAAGGAGCCGAUGGAGCUGAUGUGAGGAACGCUGCAAAAAUUCAACAAGAAGCCAUAAAGAUGGUUUGGCGUUCCAGAGAAAGUACCGGGCAAGCUUUGAGGGAGUUGAUUGUUUUCCUCGACGGCUCGUCAGGCGAGGAACUUAUCAUGAACACACAGUCGUAUCAGUCCGCUUUGGCACUGAGCGAAGAGGUCACAGCUGCGUCGCAGGCAGAGAUAAACAAGCGAGAUGCUUCACCAUCGAACGUGUAGAAUGAUCUUUAUGCAUCUUUCAACCAUCC